AUGAGCGUUCAGAACCUCACGAAAUACGACCCCUUCGCGGACGAGGGUGAUGCUUUAGGCGAAUCCAACGUUGGCUCUCAACAGAAUUACAUCCACAUCCGUAUUCAACAGCGUAACGGUCGCAAGACCCUCACUACACUCCAAGGUCUUCCCAAAGAGUACGAUUCCAAGAAGCUUCUCAAGGCUUUCAAGAAGGAGUUUGCGUGUAAUGGUACUUUAGUUGACGACGAGGAACUUGGCAAAGUUAUUCAGCUUCAAGGUGACCAACGUCUCAAGAUCUCUACUUUCCUAACCGACGAGGGUAUUCCAAAGUCAACCAUCAAGUUGCACGGUUUCUGA